AUGUACAUUCAUGAGUGUAAUGAGUCACGUGUAGAGUAGGAUAAGUCGUGUCUCCAUUACUAACUCCGAGUCAGUCUGCUGUCUAAACGUAGUGAACGAGUGUCUUAAUCACACACACCCACGCGGCCCCGCUGUACAUGCAACUCGCCAUCUAGAGCUCACUUGGAUAUUGGUAGUAUACGGAGUGAAAUGGUCGAACUUGGAAACGCCCCAGCCGCUACGAAAGUAGCGACUGUUUUCAUAAUAAUCGCCUUUGUGGUGUUUUUGGUGGGAUUCGGUGCCCCUUAUUGGAGGGAUUAUCCCCUGGGAGGAAACAGCGGCCUCUGGCAAAGUUGUGGGCUCUUUCUUGGACUGGAUGGCUGCAGCUACUUCACCGAUUUGGAUGAAGUGGGAAAAGACUCCUAUCUUCCGGAUUGGUUCGAGUCUACGAGAGUGUUCGAAGCCAUCGGUCUGAUUGCUGCGAUCGUCGGACUCCUCUUCCUUGUUCUGUACACGUGUGUGUCCAAAACAUCGGGGAAUAAAAUAGUCGCCUUUCUAACGGCCAUCCUUACUCUGGGAACAGGUGGUGUUAUUAUGUUGGGCGUCAUCAUUUACGGCUCGAAAGUAGACACGGAUUACUUACAAUGGGCCUUCGCACUCACCACCGCUAGUGGAUGUCUCUACGUCAUUUCAGGAAUUCUUCUCUUUGUCAGCAUGUGUUCCAAAUAAUUGUCGAAUUCUAUGUAGUUUUUAGACUUUAUUUUACCUAAAUUUCUGUCAGAAGUUGUCUAUUGCGCGUCAACGAUGUGCGAUUUAAGUGGCGGGAAAUACAAAAUGCACAUCGCACUUUGUAUAUUAUGACUAGACAACCCUGAGCAGAUUUUUAUGUACUUUAAUUGCUUACUCCCUUUUUACGUUUUAUAUGUUAAAUGUAUUUUUUACACAGCUGAUGUACUUUGAUAGCAUUCUACGUGUUUGUAUAUUUGUACGGAAAUGUAAUAUCAGUUCAAUAAAUGUUGUAUAAAUAUCAUGA